AUGUCUUGUGAUUUACAAUGGUUUGUGCCUUUUACCAAUGCAAUGUAUUUUCCAGAAUCCUAUAAAAGCUCUUAUGCAACUGUUCAUUCGACACAACAAGAAUCCAUUUCAAUACUUGAUACAACAUCGACUUCAACGUUAUCUUUGUCAAACCUUGCAAAUGAACAAUUACAAGAAAUCCCAACGAGGACAAAUUCGAUGGUUAGAGCAAAAAAAGCAAAAGUUAUAUCCUCAUCGUCAUCACUAACAGCGGUAUCAUCGACAAGACAAACAUUAAUUGUCAGACCAUCAAUUGCGAUGACUUUACCGAUGGAAAUUAUAUGUGAAAUAUUUAAUUACCUUGAAGAACAUCCGGCACAUUUUACAAGAGGCUCACUAGUAUGUAAAACAUGGUAUUACUCUACUCAAAAUCAUCUGUAUUGGAAAAGACUAUGUGAACUUCUCAAGUUACCAUCACCAAAGCCAAGAGCUUACAAAUACAAAACAUACAAAUCUAUAGUUAUUAAAAAUUGGGGCUCUUUCUGUAGCUUGUGUUUAAGAAAACGUAGAAAAUAUGAUCCACCCAUCAAACCAAUAUAUCAAAAAGAUAAAGCAAUAAAAAGACGUCGUAAAAAAAUAAAAUCGUCACUUGCAAAAUGUGGAAUUCAAUUACCAACUAAUGAUGAUAUAUGUGAAAGAUUGAUAGAUGAUGGAAACAUCAAAGGAAUUCUUCACUAUUUGAAGUUGAAACUGGAGGAAGAAAAAGAGGAAUUGUUUAAAGCAUUAUUGGAAUUAGAAAGAAAUGGAUGA